ACUAGUCUCCAAAAAAUGACUAUAAAACAUGUUCACCUAGAUGAUGUUUUCAAAAAUCACAAGAUGAUGAGGUUCAGAGAAACAAUAUUAAUAUCAGUUUUGAUUUGGUUUUGGCUCAGCGGUUGGGCUUGUUCCCAGCAACAGCAAGUGCCAUGCUUCUUCAUUUUUGGUGACUCCUUGGUAGACAAUGGAAACAACAAUGGUAUUAUUACGCUUGCCAGAGCCAAUUACCAGCCCUAUGGUAUUGACUUCCCACAGGGCUCAACUGGACGUUUCACCAACGGUCGUACAUUUGUCGAUGUUCUUGCUCAACUAUUCGGGUUUCGAACUUAUAUACCACCUUAUUCUAGAACCAGAGGCCGUGCCCUACUUAGAGGAGUGAAUUAUGCAUCUGGCGCUUCUGGAAUUCGAGAUGAGACCGGAAAUAAUCUGGGAGGUCACUCGUCUAUGAACGACCAAGUAUCCAAUUUUGCUGAUACAGUCCAACAAAUGAGAAGGUUUUUCAGAGGAGACACCAAUGCACUCAACACUUAUCUGAGUAAAUGCAUCUUCUAUUCUGGGUUGGGAAGUAACGAUUAUCUUAACAACUAUUUCAUGACUGAUUACUACUCAACUAGCUCACAAUACACCCCAAGACAAUAUGCUUCAGCACUUACUGAACAGUACAGACGCCAGCUCACUCAAUUGUAUCAAUUGGGAGCUCGGAAGAUGAUUGUGACAUCAGUUGGCCAGAUUGGGUGCAUACCAUAUGAGCUAGCUAGAUACAAUAGUAACAACAGCCGAUGUAACGAAGAUAUCAACAGGGCUAUACAGCUUUUCAACACGGAGAUUAUAAGAUUGGUCAACCGUUUCAACAGUCAAUUCCCAGGAGCCAAGUUUGUGUACAUGGAUUUUUAUCAGAGCACCGUUGAUCUAUAUCAGAAAGGAAGAUCCUUCGGUUUUGAAGAGUUAGACAAGGGUUGUUGUGGAGUUGGAAGAAACAAUGGGCAAAUUACUUGUUUGCCACUUCAACAGCCGUGUGAAGAUCGUAAGAAGUACUUGUUUUGGGAUGCCUUUCAUCCAACUGAAACUGUGAACAUUAUAUUAGGCAAAGCUGCCUAUGGCUCCAAAACGCAGUCGUAUACAUAUCCCAUCAAUAUCCAACAGUUGGUUUCACUUUGAAUACUUAUUACGUACGUACGUCAUGAUAAUAUAUGAUAUAAUUUGUAACAUUAAGUAAUCUCUAAACUUCACUUUUGUUUUUUUUAAAUUUCAUUUGCUUUCCUAAUAAUGUUCAGCACUCUGCUGAGAAGAAUAAGAGGGCUCUUUUUUUUUCUUCUUCUUCUGAGUAAUCUAAUAAAACUACAUUUCUCAAUUAA